AUGUCCGAGCAGAUUCUCUCAGGAAAGACCUGCCUCAUCACCGGUGGUGGCGGCGGCUUAGGCAAGGCAAUCGCAUCCCAUUUCCUUGAAGCUGGCGCCAACGUGGUCAUUUGCGAUGUCAACGAAGAACGUCUACAAGCCACCUCGGCCGAGUUAUCCCCCAAGGGACCCUUGAGAGCCAUCAAGACCGACAUCACCAAGACCAACGAGGUUGAGAGCCUAUUCGAGACUAUUAUUGGCGAAUUCGGCAAGGUCGAUGUCCUCGUUAACAAUGCCGGUAUCAUGGACCACUUCGAUCCAAUUGGCGAUAUGGACAUGGAGCUUUGGGAUCGCGUCAUGGCAAUCAACCUUACCGCGCCGGCAUUGUUGAGUAAACUUGCCGUGCGCAAUAUGCUGGCACAGCCAAAGCCCGACGGCCGCAUCAUCAAUAUUGUUUCUGUUGCUGGCAAGGCUGGAUGGGCCAGUGGUAUGAAUUAUCUAACCCUCGUUCUUGUUUCUCGGCUAACUCUUCCAGGUGCUGCGUACACGGCUAGCAAACAUGGUCUCGUCGGAUUGACCAAGAAUACUGCUGCUUACUACGGUAAUAUGGGAAUUAAGUGCAAUGCUCUUAUGAUGGGUGCUAUGGAGACCAACAUCGCCGAUGCUUUCGGGUCUGGUUUCAAUGCUGCGGGCAUGGAGAAGAUGAAGACAGUGCUGGAGGCAAUCCAGGCGCCCUUUGUCGACAUCAAUGAAGUUGCCGGGUUCUGUGUAAACAUGACUUACGGGAGAGGUGCUGGCCAGAUCAACGGUGCUACCAUUGCAAUUGAUAAUGGCUGGACUUCGGUGGUUGGAUAA